CCGGACUUCCCGGUGUAACACAUCUCUGUAAACGUACUAUUCGUCUUUUCGUUUUCUUUUUCCAGCUUUUAUUGUGAAUAGUUUUCAUGGACUGUGUGGAGGAGCAAGACCCAAAAGCGAAGGCGCCGUCAGUUAUCGACCGAUAUUACACACGAUGGUUCAGAGCCGAUAUGAAGGAGAAACCGUGUGAGGACCACUGCAUCAUGCAGCAUUCAAACAGACUAUGUGUUGUCACGUUGGCAGAGACUCAUCCAAUCCUUCAGAAUGGGCGGGCAAUCAAAAGCAUCAAUUACCGGAUCACUAAUUGCUGCAGUCGGCUAAACAAUAAAGUGUCUGGGAAGUCUAAGAAGGGGGGUCAGUUCCUUACCGAGUUUGCGCCUCUGUGCAGGAUAACCUGCACUGAUGAAACUGAAUACACAAUCUACAGCUGCAUCCGGGGCCGUCUUCUCGAGGUCAAUGAGAGUAUUUUAGAAAAACCUACUCUCUUGCUGGAAAAGCCGUCCACUGAAGGAUACAUUGCCGUCAUCUUGCCAAAGUUCGAGGAGUGCAAGACCAUAACAAAGGAUCUUCUGAGCAGAGAGGAGUUCGAGAGCGUUGUCUCCAAACGUACUGUUGCGCAAUCUCUACCAUCAUGACUGAGCAACACCGUCUUGCCUUAUUUAAGUCAAAACUAUUGACACUCAUCAGGUCUGGUUAAGACUGAAGCUAUACUUUAGUGUGGUUACUUCAAAAGUAUGAUUUGCAUAUAGUGCCAGUGGUGCACUGAGCCUAUAUACUUGUACUGUGUUUCAGAAACUGGAGGGUUAUUUUUUUUUUUUUAAAUAAGGAAAUGAAGAAAAGCAUGACCAUUUACUUGAAGUCUGUUGUUUAAUGUUCCCUUCUAAUAUUCAGUUUGAAUUAUUUUUCUAGAAAAUAAAUGAAACCAACAGGUGUUUAAGAAAAAUA